AUGGCACCACCGGUUGGUAACAAUUAUCUCAACGUGUAUCUGCUCACAAGGCUUAACCAAACAUGUUAUAUAGCGACAAGGAUACAAUUUAACAAGAAUCUCACUGAUCAUUCUAAGGUGGAGGAGGCUUAUGCUGAAGGUAAGAAGCAGCUGGAGGUUGUAGAGAGGGUGGUGAAGGUUUACUUGGCAUAUCCUCCCAAGACCAAGAACAUCAUGGAACUCAAGCUUCAGUAGUGGAUAUGUAUGUUUGCCACUUUUAAUACACUCCCAAAGCUAUUUGUUAUUGUUAUUGGUCAUGUUUCUUAGUUAUUUCCCAACUAUGAGACAUU